AUCGUGGCACCCUGCCCAUGAUCUUCAGGCCGUGGGCGUCAACCGCUCCAAUGGUCAAGACUGAGGUGCUCUCCUCAGACGAUGAGGAAUAGCAGUAGUCACCCCUUCUCGCCAAGUUCACGCGGAAGAACGAGCGGUAUGUGCGGAAGCUCGAGCCGGUGCUUGAGUGGUCGCGCUUCGACCGUGGUCUGACGCCCCCGCUCCCAUCCAGUUGCGGCCUCUAAAUCAGGGUGUCACGUCAAGGAGGAGCUGCACGUCAAAGCAGAGCCCUCAUCCCCACCUCGUAGUCGUCUCUACCGCGGCAAGUAGGUGGCACCACCAUUGCCACCCCGUCAUCAGUCCGGGAGCCCGUGGUACCCGAUCGCCGUCAAGGAGGAGGCGCCCUCCCGGCGUUGCCAACACGCGCAUCUGCGUCGCGUACUACCUCGGUGACGGCAGUGGUACCUCCUUCACAAUGAUGACGACCUCAGAGGUGGCGCGUCGAAAAAGGCGCAAUGCUCAACAGCGGGUGUUGUUUACGUAGUCGGAUGUCACGCCGGCAUGGGCCGCACUCGCGCGGGCCUGGGCCGUCGACCGGUCAAGGACCACCGCGGAGAGCUAUAUUCAUCGUUGACGCUGGAUCAGCGACCAACUCCUUAUAGUGGAGUUGGAGGAGUCCGAGAACUUGGCCUGGCUCAAGGUGGCGGAUGGUUGGAUUCGGGCGGCGGGGAUGGCUGGCAACGAACUGAAAUGGGUAGGGGAGGGGCCGGAGCUGGCCGGAAUCGGUUGACGGAGGCGACGGCGAAAAGGAGAGCGGGUGGCAAAAGACGGACAACGGGGUCGGGGAUGGAUGGACGGGCGGCGGCGGCGGCGUUUUCAGGCAAAAAUCACCGGCGGCAGAGGCAGACGGGAGCGGGCGGGCGUCAGACGGGCGGAUGAAGCUUUCAGAUUUGACGGUUGGCCGUUCGCGCAUGGCUGACCAUUUUACAUCACCAGCAUCUUCAAGCGUUGUAUUUUACAUCAGUUAAAAGAGGUGAUGUAAAAUUUUCUACAUCUAUGUCACUGUUGGAGAGGAGCAAAGUUUCUAGGCCUUUGACUUACAGCGAUGGGACCAUAGCCAAAGAUCAGCAGCAGCUGAGAGCAAGGGCGCCGCCGCUCAACCCUAACAACCCAAAGAGGGCCUCUAGCAUAUUUUCAGGAACAUAUCGAGCUUUCAUCCCGCAUAGCGCCCACAGCCAUGCCGGCACGGCAGCCACCACAGGCCGUAUGACGCGAGGCACCAGCCGGCGGGGCCUCGGGCGCGGUCCGCCUCUCCUCGCGAGCGACGCGCUCAACAGGGCACAUUCGUGCUCCUCUCGGGCGCCGCUGCGGUUGUCUCCUCCGUCCUCUCCUUCCCCUCCCUCCCUUCCGACGUCGUGCGCGCCGCGCUCCAAGCCCUGGGUAACGCGAGGGGACCAUAGCCAGCCGCCGCGCGCCGCUGCCAUCCGACGCGCCUAAUCUCCCGCGGCUAGAGCAAGCAAAAGGCGUCAGGAGGCCGGCAUGGAGGCUUGGACGUCGUCAGCGGCGGCAGGGCCCGCCCCGGACGGCCUCUUGCUGGGCUCGACCGAGUAGUCUUAGAGGGAGGAGGGGGAAGUCAGUGGAGGAUGUGGCGGAGGGGAAGACAGACGUGCUGCAGGGGAGGUACCAGGCUACUACCAGCUGGGGCGGGUGCUGGGGCUCGUCGGCGGCGGCGCUCUUCGCCCGGAUCUCCCACGCCGGCCGCCUCCAGUUCGGGGCCUUCAUCGUGCUCUGCGGCCUCACCCACCCGCUCGCCGCCUUCACCUACGAGCCCCACCCCUUGGUGCUCGUCCUGCUGCUCACCGUCGCCAAGUGCCUCACUGCCAUCACGCUGCGCAGGCUCAUCCUGAAGCAGCGCAGCUGCUCCGUCAAGGUCCGCGAGAGCCUGCUCUGGAUCAAAGCCCGCGAGCUCGACAUCAUGAAGCAGCAGGAGGUGGCGAGCACUAAUGCUGCUCACCACCAUGCUCGGCUUCAACCGUAACCAAGAAAGGAUCCACAUCCUCAAAGAUGUCACCGGCAUCCUCAAACCCUCCAGGAUGACCCUUCUCCUUGGACCCCCAGGCUGUGGCAAAACCAUCCUUUUGCUAGCACUUGCUGGAAAGCUCAACAAAAGUCUCAAGGUAACAGGAGAAAUUGACUACAAUGGUGUCAAGCUGCAAGAUUUUGUUCCAGAGAAGACAUCAGCGUAUAUUGGUCAGUACGAUCUUCAUGUCCCUGAGAUGACUGUCAGGGAGACACUCGACUUCUCUGCAAGAUUCCAGGGCGUUGGCAGCAGAGCAGAAAUCAUGAAGGAAGUCAUUAGAAGGGAGAAGGAGGCUGGGAUCAUCCCUGACCCCAACAUAGAUACAUACAUGAAGGCAAUAUCUGUGGAUGGUUUAGAAAGAAGCAUGCAAACAGACUACAUUAUGAAGAUAAUGGGACUUGACAUAUGCGCUGAUGUACUAGUAGGAGAUGCCAUGAGAAGAGGUAUUUCAGGCGGUGAGAAGAAAAGACUAACCACAGGAGAGAUGAUAGUAGGACCAUCAAAAGCGCUCUUCAUGGAUGAAAUAUCAACUGGGCUGGACAGUUCUACCACCUUCCAAAUUGUUUCUUGUCUCCAACAGCUUGCUCAUAUAUCAGAGUCUACCAUACUGGUUUCACUCCUUCAACCAGCACCAGAGACUUACCAACUUUUUGAUGAUAUUAUCUUGAUGGCUGAAGGACAAAUCGUAUAUCAUGGUCCUAGGAGCUGCAUUAUGAGUUUCUUUGAAUCUUGUGGUUUCAAGUGCCCUGGAAGAAAAGGGGAUGCUGACUUCCUUCAAGAGGUCCUAUCAAAAAAAGAUCAACAGCAAUACUGGAGCCGCACCGAAGAAGGAUAUAAUUUUGUUACAGUUGACCAAUUCUGUGAUAAGUUCAAAGCAUCUCAGAGUGGUCAGAAUCUUGCUGGGGAGCUUUCAAAGCCGUAUGACGAAUCAAAAGGACAUAAGAAUGCACUGUCCUUCAGUAUCUACUCGUUAUCCAAGUGGGAUCUCGUCAAGGCAUGUUUUGCACGGGAGUUCCUUCUUAUGAAAAGGAAUGCCUUCAUCUACAUAACAAAAGCCAUUCAGCUUGGACUAAUUGCUGCUAUUAGUGGGACAGGAUUUCUGCGCACCCAUAUGGGUGUUGACAGAAUUCAUGCUAACUAUUAUAUGAGUUCACUCUUCUUUGCGCUUCUGCUGCUGACGGUGAAUGGUUUCCCUGAGCUGGCCAUGGCAAUUAACAGACUGCCAGUCUUCUACAAACAGAGAGACUACUACUUCUAUCCUGCAUGGGCUUAUGCAAUACCAUCUUUUAUCCUAAAGAUUCCAGUAUCUUUAGUUGAGUCAGUAGCUUGGACAUCAAUAUCCUACUACCUGAUUGGAUAUACCCCAGAAGCAUCUAGGUUUUUCUCUCAGCUCCUCAUCCUCUUCCUCAUCCACACAGUAACAUUAUCAAAGUUCCGGUGUGUUGCCUCAUACUGUCAAACGAUGGUGGUUGCUUCAAUCUGUGGCACAUUGACAUUUCUAGUCAUGCUUCUAUUUGGCGGUUUCAUAAUUCCACGUGGCUUAACUGGAAAUGAGUUUUUGGCACCAAGAUGGUUAGAGAUCACGUUAUCUGGUGUAACACUUGGAAAGAGGAUACUAAUGGAUCAAGCACUAGACUUCUCCAGCUACUUCUACUGGAUCUCGGUUGGAGCAUUGAUUGGGUUUACUUUGUUGUUCAAUGUAGGCUUUGCCAUCGGCUUGACCAUUAAAAGUAUUCCAGGAUCUUCUCGUGCUAUUAUCUCUCGCAAUAAGCUUGCCACAUUUGGUGAAAGAAACCAAGAUAAGGAUACGGAAAAUGGGAUGCCUAAUUUACAAGCAGAAACCGCUUUGACACCUAAUAGGACUGGGAGGAUGGUAUUGCCUUUCACACCCCUUACAAUAUCAUUCCAAGAUGUCAACUACUAUGUAGACACCCCCGCGGAAAUGAGGGAGCAUGGUUAUAUGAAAAGAAAACUACAACUACUGCACAAUAUCACAGGAGCAUUUCAGCCAGGGGUUCUCUCAGCCCUUAUGGGGGUUACUGGAGCGGGAAAAACAACACUCCUUGAUGUUCUUGCUGGAAGGAAAACGGGUGGUGUUAUUGAAGGGGAUAUAAGAAUAGGAGGUUAUCCUAAGAUCCAGCAAACUUUUGCUAGGAUAUCAGGCUAUUGUGAACAGACUGAUGUUCAUUCCCCACAAAUCACAGUGGGUGAAUCAGUUGCAUAUUCAGCCUGGUUGCGCCUUCCACCAGAAAUUGAUUCAAAAACAAGAAAUGAAUUCGUAAAUGAAGUUCUUGAAACAAUUGAGUUAGAUGAAAUUAGAGAUUCUUUGGUUGGAGUACCAGGCGUAAAUGGACUAUCGACAGAGCAACGGAAACGGCUCACUAUUGCAGUCGAGCUUGUGUCUAACCCUUCAAUCAUAUUCAUGGAUGAGCCAACAUCAGGCUUGGAUGCAAGGGCAGCUGCUAUUGUCAUGCGUGCAGUCAAGAACGUUGCAGAUACAGGUCGAACAGUCGUGUGCACCAUUCACCAACCAAGUAUCGAUAUAUUUGAGGCAUUUGAUGAGUUGAUGCUGAUGAAAAGGGGUGGAGAGUUGAUCUAUGCUGGGCCAGUUGGACACCAUUCAUGUGAAGUAAUCCAAUAUUUCCAGGCAAUACCUGGGGUUCCAAGGAUCAAGGACAACUACAACCCAUCAACAUGGAUGCUAGAAGUUACUUCCACAUCUAUGGAAGUUCAACUGGGAGCAGAUUUUGCACAGUUGUACAGAGAAUCACCAAUGUGCAAGGACAAGGACAGGGUGGUAAAGCGGUUAAGCGUACCAGUUCCAGGUAUGACCGACCUCCAUUUUGGGACACGGUUUCCACAGAAGUUUCAGGAGCAAUUCAAAGCUUGCCUCUGGAAGCAGUGUUUGUCGUAUUGGAGAACCCCUUCCUACAACAUGGUGCGAUUUGCGUUCAUAACAUUCUCCUGCAUUUUCUUUGGUGCACUGUUCUGGCAGCAAGGCAACAUCAACCAUAUAAACGACCAGCAAAGUCUCUUCACCAUAUUGGGGUGCAUGUAUGGAAUCACUCUGUUCGCUGGCAUCAACAACUGUCAAUCGGUGAUGCCAUUUAUCUCCGUGGAACGUUCUGUCGUUUACAGGGAGAGAUUUGCGGGGAUGUACUCUCCUUGGGCCUACUCUUUUGCGCAGGUUGCCAUGGAGAUACCUUAUGUGCUGAUGCAGGUGGUGCUGUUCAUGUUGAUAGCAUAUCCGAUGAUAGGGUACGCGUGGACAACAGCCAAGUUCUUUUGGUUUAUGUACACCAUGUUUUGCACACUGCUCUGCUUCGUCUACAUGGGAAUGGUGGUGGUGUCGAUCACCCCCAACAUCCAAGUUGCAUCCAUAUUUUCAUCUAUGUUCUAUACCCUACAAAACCUCAUGUCUGGCUUCAUCAUGCCUGCGCCUCAAAUACCGAGAUGGUGGAUAUGGUUCUACUACGUCUCCCCACUGUCGUGGGCGCUAAGGGUCUUAUUCACCACGCAGUUCGGGGAUUACGACGACAGGAUGAUCGACGUAUUUGGAGAGACCAAAUCGGUCCCAGUAUUCAUGAAGGACUACUUUGGUUUUCGGCGCGAUCUGCUGCCGCUGGCGGCUGUUAUUCUGGCGGCAUUCCCGAUCCUUCUUGCCGUUCUCUUUGGUUACAACAUCUCAAAGCUCAAUUUCCAAAGACGAUAGACACACAUGUGUUCAUCAAAGUAGUAAAACAGUAGCACGGUAUAGAAAAGAUAUUGCUUGCGCGCGCGCCCACACACACAUAUCGCUGUACUAUAAAAUUAAAGCCUGAGUUUGCUUACCAACAAGAAAAGGCCAGUGUAUGUAUUUUUGUGUAAGUGACACAUAGUGCAACAGAAUUCCAGUGGUAGCUAGUAUUUGAGAAUAUUGUCGUUGACAGAGGCUCUUAGGCACUUUCACAGUAGCCUGUAUCGUUUGUUAUUACUGUAAAUAAAUUCGUAAUUACAGAGGCUCUUAGCACUUUCA